UUAACAGGUUAAGACCUCAUUUUGCAUGGUUUCCGCAUAAAUGGUUCAGGUCACUACUGUUCAACGAACGACACUCAUUCUAGAGACCAAAGCUCAUCUGUGAACACACACUGCACUGUAACUGUAGGAAAGUGCACAUAAUGGAAUCAGACCUCUAUGUCAAUUUUCAAAGAGAUGCUGAGGAUACAACUGGACCUCAAACACCAAAUAACCACCAGGAUGAAGGAAAAGCUCAAAAGUGCAGAGGAAGCUGUUUGGUGUUGAUGACAGUGUGUCUCGGGAUCAUUUGUGUUGUUCUGUUGGUCUUCAUCACACUGUUCAUCAUCAUCACAGCAGACAGAGACCUGUUAAAGAGUUACAAGAACACAGUUGAAGAGUUCAAUCACACUAUCAACAGAUUACAGGACAAGAACACUGAUCUAAUGACUGAAAAAGACCAACUGAAGAACAACUUCAACUCUUUGAGUCAGACGAAACUGGAACUGGAGACCAGAGUCAAUGAUCUCACUGCUGAGAAAAGUCAAUUACAGAAAAGUUUUGAUGCUUUGAGUCAGACGAAACUGGAGCUGGAGACCAGAGUCAAUGAUCUCACUGCUGAGAAAAGUCAAUUACAGGGAUGUUUUGAGUCUUUGAAUCAGACGAAACUGGAGUUAGAGACCAGAGUCAAUGAUCUCACUGCUGAGAAAAGUCAAUUAAAGGGAAGUUUUGAUGCUUUGAAUCAGAAGAAACUGGAGUUAGAGACCAGAGUCAAUGAUCUCACUGCUGAGAAAAGUCAAUUAAAGGGAAGUUUUGAUGCUUUGAAUCAGAAGAAACUGGAGUUAGAGACCAGAGUCAAUGAUCUCACUGCUGAGAAAAGUCAAUUAAAGGGAAGUUUUGAUGCUUUGAAUCAGAAGAAACUGGAGUUAGAGACCAGAGUCAAUGAUCUCACUGCUGAGAAAAGUCAAUUAAAGGGAAGUUUUGAUGCUUUAAAUCAGAAGAAACUGGAGUUAGAGACCAGAGUCAAUGAUCUCACUGCUGAGAAAAGUCAAUUAAAGGGAAGUUUUGAUGCUUUGAAUCAGAAGAAACUGGAGUUAGAGACCAGAGUCAAUGAUCUCACUGCUGAGAAAAGUCAAUUAAAGGGAAGUUUUGAUGCUUUAAAUCAGAAGAAACUGGAGUUAGAGACCAGAGUCAAUGAUCUCACUGCUGAGAAAAGUCAAUUAAAGGGAAGUUUUGAUGCUUUGAAUCAGAAGAAACUGGAGUUAGAGACUGAACUUAGGAAGUUGAAAGAACAAGGAAAUGGCUGGUUUUUCAUGUCCAGUGAGUUGAAGAGCUGGUCUGAGAGCAGACAGUACUGCAGAGAUCGAGGAGCUGAUCUGGUCAUUGUCAACACUGUAGAGAAGCAGAGGUUCAUAUCUUCAUUCAAGGAGAGUGUGUGGAUUGGUUUGUCUGACAUUGAGACUGAGGGGUUCAUGAAAUGGGUGGAUAAUUCAACACUGAAUCAAGGGUUUUGGGAAAGUAAUGAACCGAAUAACGCGAAUGGAAAUGAGGAUUGUAUUGAACUGAAUCCAGCAAAACUUGUCCUGAACAACUGGAAUGACAUCCCAUGCUCCGCAAUGAGAAAAUGGAUUUUUGAGAAAUAACAUCCAUUGCUUUAUCUUUAUGAUUGUGAUCUUCAGAAUGAGU